GCCUGCAGUGACUUCAUUGCUGUGUCCACAAAUUUUCAGGACUACCUAUCACUAAAUUGUCUCUUCAGCUCAAGACAUGUCUAUCUUACAGCAUGCAAGUCACAAUCUUGUAUAUGGUUAAUGGCCCUGCCCACCAAGAAUCCUAUUUACAUAAGUUCUUCAAAAUGCAGCAACUAUGUCCUAAAGACUAAAGAUGAAGUAAUAUGA